AGAGAGAGAGAGAGCGAGAGAGAGAGACAGCCAGCAGCUCCCCUCUGUGCACUCAGUCGGAGACAGUUACCACGGAUUGUGCAGACAGAGCAAUCAGUCCAGUACUGAGAGCUCGUUUUGUUUUAUUUACGGUAAAAAUGUCGGCCAGACCAGGCUACUAUCGGCAGGAGCUGAACAAGACUGUAUGGGAGGUUCCUGAGCGGUACCAGAACCUGACUCCCGUGGGCUCGGGGGCCUACGGUUCGGUAUGCUCAGCAUAUGACGUGCGGCUACGACAGAAGGUGGCGGUGAAGAAGCUGUCUCGGCCUUUCCAGUCCCUUAUCCACAGUAGGCGCUCGUACCGCGAGCUCCGGCUACUCAAGCACAUGAAACAUGAGAACGUGAUAGGACUACUGGAUGUAUUCUCCCCUGCUGCAUCGCUAGAGGACUUCCAUGAAGUCUACCUGGUAACCAACUUGAUGGGGGCAGACCUGAACAACAUAGUCAAAUUCCAGCGUCUCUCUGAUGAGCAUGUGCAGUUUCUUAUUUACCAGCUGCUCAGAGGCCUCAAGUACAUCCAUUCAGCAGGACUGAUCCACAGAGACCUUAAACCAAGUAACGUGGCAGUGAACGAGGACUGCGAGCUGAGGGUAAGACCAGUGACCCAGCCACCCAACUCCUCAGACAAUCACAACAUAACCUCUCCCCCACUCGGUAAUGGCUAUCACCAUGACAACCUGUGUCUCUCUCUCCCCCAGAUCCUUGACUUUGGAUUGGCCAGACAGACGGAUGAUGAGAUGACGGGGUACGUGGCGACUCGCUGGUAUCGAGCGCCAGAGAUCAUGCUUAACUGGAUGCACUACAAUCAGACAGUGGAUAUCUGGUCAGUGGGAUGCAUCAUGGGAGAGCUGCUGAAGGGGAAGGUCCUGUUUCCAGGCAACGACUAUAUCGACCAGCUGAAGAGGAUUAUGGAGGUGGUGGGCACCCCGACCCCUGACCUUCUACAGAAAAUCUCCUCUGAACAUGCUCAGAAAUAUAUCCAGUCUCUACCCUUCAUGCCCCAGCAGGACUUAGAGAAGAUAUUCAGAGGAGCCAACCCAAUGGCUGUGGAUCUACUGAAGCGCAUGCUGGUUCUGGACUGUGAUGGGCGUAUCUCGGCCAGUGAGGCUCUCUCCCACCCUUAUUUCUCCCAGUACCACGACCCGGACGACGAACCAGAGGCCCUGCCCUACGACCAGACGCUGGAGAGCAAGGACCGCACGCUAGAGGAGUGGAAAGAGCUGGUGUUCGAGGAGAUGAAUGGAAUCAAAGCGCCUGUCAGCGAGACGAGCGGUCUACAGGUGGAACAGUGAAAGACAAACCCUGCCUCCUUCUGCUCGGUCUGUCCUGUCAGCUGAGGAAGGACCGCCGUCUUGUCUCCGUCUGUCUGCCGGCGUUGGGGAGGCGGGAGGAUCCGAGAGAAAGAGAGACCGUGGGCCAAGCAGAAACAACGCUGUGUCCCCUAGAGACAUGACACUCCUCCCCUUGCUCACUGUGACUGGCAAUUUGACUGCCUGUCAGGAGUUUUGUAAAAGGGGAGCAGGGAGAGGGGAGGUCUGGUUGAACUGAAAGUGAUGAGAAUACGCACAUUACGAUGAUUACAGGGAGCAUGUUUUGAUAGGUAUAUGUUUACAGUCUGUUGAAGAGAGGUAGGAGAGAGAGACAGAGACAGAGAGAGAAAGUAGCACUAGGGUUUUCAAACCUACCUAAGGGUCCAACUGGUAAAUGGUCAUUGGCUAUAGGUUACUGGAAAUCUUUCGUCAUGAAGACAUUUUAUAAGCAGUCAUAACGGAUGUCAGUUUAAGUCUGCUUAUAACACCUGUUAUGUCAUGGUAAUGACAGUUUUAUGACAGAGGGUUCUAGUGAUUUGUUGUGAAGAAUUUUCCACACAUUUUUUCAUACUUCUAUUUUAGUUGUAGCAAAUAUCUGUUAUUUCACAGAAACUUACAUAAGAUGGUUCCUCCCUCGAAAUAGACCAAUGAAUGCCCUUUGUGCUGUUACUGCACAACACCCCCAACACCCACCAAUAUGCCACUGAAUGACCAAUGACAGAGAUAUACUGUACAUGGACAGGAUUAGUGGCUGUAGGGUUUAAGACUUUGCAUCAUGUACAACUAUUGGCCAGAUUCCCUAAGCAUUUACACCUGUUUUUACAGAACAACACCCGUGGUAGUGUUUCGUUUACGGAGACAUAACUGCAUUGCUGCAAAUGCUAUGUAGAUAUGUCCCAAUGUACAGGUAACUGCCAACAUAAAGAAUACAUUAACAUAAAGUGUUUUAAUAGGGCAUUGGGCCAACACAAGCCAGAGCAGAUUCAAUGCUCCUUGGAGAAGUUUCUGGAAUUCUAUUAGAGGGAUGCGACACCAUUCUUCUUUCAUGGGAAAUUCCAUAAUUUGGUGUUUUGUUGAAGGUGGUGGAAAACACUGUCUCAGGUGCCGCUCCAGAAUCUCCCAUAAGUGUUCAAUUGGGUUGAGAUCUGGUGACUGAGACGGCCAUGGCAUAUGGUUUACAUCGUUUUCAUGCACAUCGAACCAUUCAGUAACCAUUCGUCCCCUGUCGAUGGGGGCAUUGUCAUCCUAUGGGGGCAUAGCCGUGGUGGCCAAAAUAAUGGCCUGCCCAGAAUUGUUAUACAUGACCCUAAACAUGAUGGGAUGUUAAUUGAUUAAUUAACUCAGAAACCACACCUAUGUGGAAGCACCUGCUUUCAAUAUGCUCUUUGUAUCUCUUAUUAACUCAAGUGUUUCCAUUAUUUUGUCAGUUACCUGUAUGUAGGCUAUGCAUUUGUUGCUGGUAUCACCCAUUUCAGAUUCCACUUGGCUCCAGUCCAACAGGUUUUACUAGUCCCUGGCUCUGUUGAGAAACCAAAACUUAUAGCUGAAGUUUACAUCUGAACAGUCAGCAGAUACCAUUACCCACAGUGACUCCCACAGAUACCAUUACCCACAGUGACUCCCACAGAUACCAUUACCCACAGUGACUCCCACAGAUACCAUUACCCACAGUGACUCCCACAGAUACCAUUACCCACAGUGACUCCCACAGAUACCAUUACCCACAGUGACUCCCACAGAUACCAUUACCCACAGUGACUCCCACAGAUACCAUUACCCACAGUGACUCCCACAGAUACCAUUACCCACAGUGACUCCCACAGAUACCAUUACCCACAGUGACUCCCACAGAUACCAUUACCCACAGUGACUCCCACAGAUACCAUUACCCACAGUGACUCCCACAGAUACCAUUACCCACAGUGAAUCCCACAGAUACCAUUACCCACAGUGACUCCCACAGAUACCAUUACCCACAGUGACUCCCACAGAUACCAUUACCCACAGUGACUCCCACAGAUACCAUUACCCACAGUGACUCCCACAGAUACCAUUACCCACAGUGAAUCCCACAGAUACCAUUACCCACAGUGACUCCCACAGAUACCAUUACCCACAGUGACUCCCACAGAUACCAUUACCCACAGUGACUCCCACAGAUACCAUUACCCACAGUGAAUCCCACAGAUACCAUUACCCACAGUGACUCUCACAGAUACCAUUACCCACAGUGAAUCCCACAGAUACAAUUACCCACAGUGACUCCCACAGAUACCAUUACCCACAGUGAAUCCCAGAUGCAUUAUGCAGAUUCAAUUGGAUUUACAAUAGGUCUGAAUGUUGUAGUUUCAGAGGUCUAAUAUUCAGCAUGUUUUAAAGGGGCGUACUGAGGUGAACGAAUUACAGGGGAGUAAAAUAAUUCAAUUUUCAGUAAAAAACAUGUUCUGGAACUGCAACAUAUACUACCUCAAGAACUACAACAAUCAUAUACACAAUGCCUCAAUUACAGUAGAGAUAAUCCAAAAUACUCUCUCGGUUGAUGUUUGACUAUUUACGGUCCUGUAUGUGUCAUGUACAAAUGUUGGUGGAUUUAAAUAGAACUGCAAAAAAGAUGAAUGUAUACAAAACUGUAUGUUUAAAAAAACAAGUGUCUUUUCAUUCUAUGGUGGCAUGAAGUUUAACUGUAAAAUUUCUGCCGUAUGCAUUUCCAAUCAAUAACCGAAUGUCAACUCUGUGUCAUAAUGCCAUGACAAUUGAUGUCAACCAACUCAACUCUAUUACAACAGUUAUAACACCACUAUGCAGCAUGAACAAGUAAACAUUUGGUUACACAUAUUCAGAAUAAAUCAAAUCGAUCUAUUCCCUGUCUUGUUAACGUCAUGAAUGUGUGCAUCAAUCCAGUCUUGUUUUCUCCCAAAAAUGAUUAAGUCUGUUGUUGUAUGGACAAAUUCCUUUACGUUUUCAAGUAUCACGCAGCAGCCUAUCAGCACUAUGUCAGUGGUGAGAAUCUGUCAUGUGCAUAGCAUGUUGUGGCAUUAUGAAAGACCACUUUACUCCAGAGUUACGGCCUACUCAUUCCUCCUCCACAUGGCCAAAGUUCCAUCAAUACUCCCAGCCCACACACAGUAGCUUUCCAGUGCUUUAUGGGUUCCAAGUCUGAGUAUACAUGGCCUUUUCUGUGUGUGUUUGUGUGUGUGUGUCAAUUUGCCUUCAAGGUCCAUUCUUGUAUGUUUCCAGCAAACAUGCCUGCAGGCAUCGAACUAUGUCGUAAUCUCUCAGCCACAGAACAGAGGCAGUAUUAUGAGAGACCAUCCUUCUGAUCAUCAUGACGACACAUGUAUCGUCUUCUUCCUCGUCAUCAAUAAAAGCUAAAUUCAUCACCAGUUA